UUUUUUUUCCUAUCACAGGAGUAGUUCUUAUUAUUCUCGUGUUUCCGGCGAAAUCUCUACGAUGGCUUUCAAAGGCAUCAUCCAGGUCCGCAACAUGUGCUCUAACGUUGCAAUGAUUCGUCCUCCUAUCCAAGUGUUCGGAACCGAAGGGAAAUACGCGACUGCUCUGUAUUCAGCUGCAGCAAAGUCGAAGAAGCUGGACGAAGUUGAGAAGGAGCUGACGACAUUUCAAGGAAUGCUUCAUGCGAACAACAAGACUCGAGAUUAUCUAAUGGACCCCACCGUUAAUCGAACUGUAAAGCAGCAAGCUUUGUUGGAUAUUUCUAAGCAGAACAGCUUUACUCAAGUCACAGCUAAUUUUCUGGGCUUAGUAGCGGGAAACGGGAGGUUGAACACUCUCGACCACAUCGUAAAUUCAUACAAGCUUAUGAUGUCUGCACAACGUGGAGAAGUUAUUUGCGAAGUCGUCACAGCGAAGCCCUUGGAUGCAGACCAGAAAAAAGAACUCGAUGGUGCCUUGAAGGCGUUUUUGAAACCAGGCCAGCAGCUGAUCUUGAAGACGAAAGUUGAUGAAUCCCUGAUUGGUGGCAUGGUUGUGUCAAUCGGGGAUAACAUGCCGCUCAUCUGUCGAAAUUGCUCUGGUUGUCAGGCAGUGGAAGUAUUGAACAAGAUGGAAACGGAGGCGAAAGUUCUAUCUAUCCAAUCGCACGUUGUUUUCGGAUACGUUGGAAAUAGAAGCGCUGCGUUUCCGUUGCAGUACAUGGGGAUUGAGGUGGACUCAGUUAACUCGGUUCAAUUUUCGAAUCACACGGGUUAUGGGAAGUGGAAAGGACAAGUGCUUUCCGCCUCGGAUCUUGAUGAUCUCUACGCAGGUUUGAAAGUCAACAACUUGACCUCAGACUACACUCAUAGUUUAUCAGGUUACGUUGGAGAUGACGGAUUCUUGAUGAGCAUUGUAAAAGCGGUAGCAGAUCUGAAGAAGGAUCGGCCUGGAUUAGUCUACUUAUGUGAUCCUGUCCUCGGAGAUUAUGACCAAGGACUGUAUGUCCCAUCGUCUCUCGUACCAAUCUAUCGUGACCUUGUUGUUCCACUGGCAGACAUCAUCUGUCCCAACCAAUUUGAGGCCGAGUUGUUGACGGAUUCAAAAAUAAACUCGGUGGAAUGCGUGCUAAAAGCCGUUGAUGCCUUGCAUCAGAAAGGACCAAGAAUCGUGGUUAUUUCGUCUGCUGAAAUUGAUUCGAAGUAUUUUGCCCUUGUGUCAGAAAAAGUGAAUGGAAAUGUGCGAAGGUUUAAAGCCCCGAUGCAGAAGUUACUGUGCAAUUUCACCGGGACCGGGGAUCUUUUCGCAUCACUCUUCCUUGCUAAUUACAUCAAUACUUCUGAUGUCGGGAAAUCGUUGCGGAUGACCGUUGCUUCGAUGCAGGAUACUUUGAAGAAGACUGCACAACAUGCAGAACGCGUCAGUGGAAGUCUGCAAAAUGCUCGAACAAAGGACUUGGAGUUGCGCCUCGUUCAGUCGCGGGCAUAUUUCGUGAAACCAGAAACAGAAGUCAAACUCAUUGAAUUAUAA